AUGAAGAAAAAAACCCGCAAGAAAGAAAAGAACGCCACGCACUUAGCCGUAGUAUUUUCCCUUUUUUUGUUUUGUCACAUGUAUCUGCGAGAUAAGUGA